AUGUUUUAUAUUUGCGAUGAAAGACAGAAUGUAUCUUCAGAGGCUCAAAAAUUGUUCAAUCAAUACUUUUCUAGUUCGAGAAAGAGACAAGAUAUCAUCGAGAGGCUAUUAACUGAUAUAUUAGAUAAGAUACAGCUAUAUUUCGGAAGAUUACAGAUCAAAGGAGAGAUAUCAAAUGAAAUUUGGCCAAGGAUUUUCGGCUCAAAUUUGAAAUUAUGUUGCUAUCUAACAGAUUAUUUCCCAGAAAAUCCACAAAUUCGUGAAAUAUUCGAAGCAACAAAUCUAUCAGAAUACACCAAGGUCGGCCAUGGACAAUUUAAUAAAUCAAUCACUCCAUUUUUACGUUCAAGCAUUUACCAGUUCUUAACAACAUCAUUAUUAUUAAACUUUGAUACACCUACUAUCAAUGUAAUUGAUAUUUACAAGACAGAAACAAAUGUUGAUUGUCAAAUCGAAUUAAUCAAACUUAUUUCAGAGUUAUUGAACCAAAACAAAGUCGAUCACACAAAACUACAAGAAGCUAUUUUAUCCAGCCUACUCAAUUACGAAUUUCCAGAAAAAAUCGGAAUGAUGGACUUAAUUUUACAGGUAAAAGAGAACGAUUUCCUCUCAAAGUUCGUAACCCCCGCCUUACAGCUCAAAAUUUUUGUAUUAUCCGAGAGUUAUUUUGACAUUUUCACGAGAACGAAUAUUCCAGAGAUGAAAGACCUUCUUGUUGAAGCAUUCAUUACAGCCAUCUCAUCCACCAACAAUUCCUUCUUAACCACGUGUUCGUUAGCCAAAUUUUCCGUAAUUUCGGAAGAUGACAGGAUAAAUGAGCCUCUUUUUGAGUCAAAUGACCAGCGAAUUCCAUAUUUCCUUAAGUAUAUUGGUAAGGAGAGAUCCAUUGAGUGGCUCCGAAGGCGCAAAACCAUAACAACACGCUCACUUUUGACCUUCAUCAACAAUUUCGGAGAAAAUUCAAUUAGAGAAGUUUACAAGACGAUCAACGAUAUUCCGAUCAUCACAGAGAAUGAAAUUUUGAGGAUAAUGAGUCAGGCAAAUGAUAACGAAGAUGAAUCAAUGGACGAUUUCAUCGUGAAAAGACAAAAGAAAAAGAAAAAUAAGAAAAACCCCCAAAAAGUGACAAAUGUUUCAAUUGUUCCUAAAAAGAAGAAAGAAAGUUGGGGAGAGAAGUGGCGCAGACGCAAUCAGACCAAUUUCGAUGAUGAUGAAGACUCAGAUGAUGAAGCAGACAUACUUUUACUUCGAAAUCAGGAAGAAGAAGAAAAUGAAAGUGAUAUUAUCCACAAAACCGUCGAAAAAUCAGAAACAAACGACAGUUCAUCGCAAGCAGGAGACACAAAACCUGAUUUCAAUGACGAGAGCUUCUUAAAAUUCUUUGUUAAGUUUGCAAAUCAAGAUGACGUGAAAUCAUAUGCAAAAAGUACUCCAAACUUAAUAAAGAUCAUUAAGAAUUGGCAGAAGCCUCUUGAAAUAUUAAGAAUUCCCGAAAUUAAGGAAAAAAUUUUCGAAAUUUUGGAAGAAGAUUUUUCAUUAUCCCAAAAAAUCCUAAAUAUCUUCGAAAACGAUGAAGAAGUUAAAGAAUACAUCCAAGAGAUGGCAACAGAAGCCCUAGAAAGUGGAAAAGCAGUCGACAAAUCCGUUUUUAACCACAUUCAAACAUCAGAUGAAAUGAUUGAACAAUUUAUUUUAUCUGAUCAAAUAGAAUCGAUAACACCUGAUCAUCCAUUGCUAGAACAAUGUGUUAAAUACAUCAAUGACCACUUGGCAACACAUGAUCCAAUAGAUUUGGCUGAAAGAGCAUUCGAUUUAAUUGAAAAAGGUGAAGUGAAACCAAAAAGUUUUGGUCAAAAAGUGACAAAAUAUCCAGAAUUUUAUUGUGAGUUAUGGAGUUUUUGUGGGUUUGAUAAGUUUGAUUUGCAUGAUGUUUGUUUAUUAUUAGACUCGAUUAUUCUUAAAAAGAUGCCAUGGAUUGAUUGUUUCAUUUAUUUGAGGACAGUAAAUUGGAUGUCUGUUCCUUCAACUUUGCAGAACUUUAUAAUGAAUAAUCCUUUGAUGUACGACGUUGCUCAUGAAAUGGAAUUGCUAUACGCAUUGAGCUGCAUAUCAGCAGCAACAUCUAUCAAAUGCGACGCGAAUUCUGAUGCAAUUUCAAUUAUAGCGUCGAUGAGAUGUCCUCCAAGAAAAAUUGUUUCCGAAGAUCCUGAUAUAAUUGAUCACCAAAUAGAAUGGCAUCAAAUAAGAGUCCAAACAUCUGACUUGAAAAUAGAAAACCCUGAUUACCAUUCAUUAAGAAGAUGUGUUGUUUAUUUGAAACAAAAUUUACCUGUUUUGUCAACAUUUGAACCUUUAAUUCCUUAUUUAGAAAGAUCAUUGAGGAAAGCAAAUCAUUUUACUUAUUUUUUAGUCUGCAAAAUAUUGAACCUUGUUAAAGACGCAUGCAAAUCAUUGAAUAACUUGAAUUUGAUUGCAAAACAGAUGAUUGAAUUAUCUGUUAAAUUUGCUCCUUUUCCUUUGAUUAUUCAAGAGGAAAUUUCAGGUGCUUUCGAAGUAUUUAAACUCAUUGGAAAAGAAGAAUUCCAGAAAAUGAUUUUGAAUUCUUCUAGUUGUUUCACACACAAAAAUGCAAAUCAUUUAAUGACAUUGAUUUCUCCUCUUUUUGUUUAUUUCAACGCUUGGGAUUUAGUUGAAUCAAAGAUUAACGGAAAACUUGAUUUGUCAUUGACUAUUUCAUGGAUAUUUGUUAGUAAUUUGAUUGUUUUGAUGCCUGAUGAAAAGAAAUCUCAACUUUCUUUGAGUUUGUCACAUGAUUUGAUGAAAAUUUUGUCAAAAAUUGAGUAUAAAUCAAGUGAAUUUGAGUUAUUAGUUACAACAUUCCCUAAUACAAGUAAUUCAUGGCUGAAUACACAAGAAAUAACAAUAAAGAAAGAGAUUCUUAAUUACGCAGCAAAAGUUAUAACUCCUAGAUUGUUUAAGAAGUUGCAAACGAAAUUAGUACAAACAAGAAUGGAAAAAAUAAGUUAUAGAUUCAAUCAAAGCAAUAAUUCUAUCAAAGCUUUGUAUCAGGAUGAAAAGAACGCUGUUCCUAUUUCUUUGGAAAUUAUUUUGCCUGAUUCGUAUCCUUUCGGAAAUGUGACUGUUAAAGUUGAUUUCGGAAAUGAUACUUUGUCUGAUAAAUGUUACCACGAAGUACUUAGUGAACUAAGGAAAUUGGAAACAAUUAGUGGAGCAAUUAGAGCUUGGUAUUCUUUCGUAAUUCAUCAGGUUUUGGAGAAUUCACCAUGUAUUAUUUGUUUGUCUUAUUUCGAUAGAGGUGUUGCACCAAGCAUGCAAUGCUCUUCAUGCCAUAACGAGUUUCAUGCACAUUGCUUGAAACAAUGGUUCGCUAGAUGCGCUGAAAAAACAUGUCCUAUGUGCGGUUCAAAAUGGAAAUAA